AAUACAAGGGCGCAAACAUGUCGCGCCGCAGCAACUUUAUCGAGGGCAACGACAACUUUCGCGAGCAAAACUUGCGCUUUGUGAGGAACGAGUUCGAAGAAAAUAUAAAUCAAUACUUUGGCGGCACUGAAACGGCCGGCACAGGCCCAACUGCUGGCAAUGGAGCACCGCCGCGCGAUUCUAUUAUUGUACAACCGACGCCCGGCAACGGUGAAGCAAAGCCGUUCCGAAGCGUUGAACUGGAUCAACGUUCGCAGUACUUUCGCCAGUUGGGCCUCAAUCGCAGCCGAGCUCAUGCCCUGGCCGUUGGCUCCUUGAAGGUGCCCGAUUUCAAUUUGCGCGACAUUCAGCGGCAAAGAUAUCGCAUGAGCGUUGAGGCCGGCGACGAGCGCCAGGCGGAUGUGGACGCCUUUAUUGUCAAAGAAGUUACAGCUAUGAUUGAUUCGCGUCAGGAAAGGCUCAAGCAGCGUCCGCGCACUCCGCCGCCGCCGAGAGACAUCGAUUGGCAUGGUAAUGGGUGCGCUCCACGGCAACGUGCGCCAAGCCCCGAAAAUUUUGGUCUGACUCGCCGAUUCGACGAACAUGAACGAAAUGAACAGUUCCGCGAGCGUCAUGGCAAUUCUCGUGAGCGAAAAGAAAGCCAACGUGAGCGGAGCGAUGAUUUUCGUGAGCGCAACGAUAGAUAUCGUGAACGAAACGAUGAGUUUCGUGAGCGGAGCGAAGAUUUUCGUGAGCGGAACGACAAUUUUCGUGAACGAAACGACAAUUUACGUGAGCGAAACGACAAUUCACGUGGGGGAAAUCCAAACUUUGAACGGGAAGACAGUUUUCGUACCCGACAUUUUGAACGAAAUGAUAAUUUUCGUGAAGCGGAACCAUUUAAUGAUAGCCCAAGAUUUUUGGAUAAAAUUCGUAGCCCAAAUCAACGCAAAGAGCUGCAAUUCCAGGACGAGGAACGUUUCAUUGUUAACAAUAAUCGUGAACCAAUUGGUUCCAAUUUCGGCUUGAAUCGUCGUUCACCAAGUCCCGAAAAUUAUCGAUCAAAUUAUGAUAAUUUUCGCGCAGAGCGUCCAAGAAACUAUGAGAAUUCCAAUCAGAACGCUUUCGAUGAUGAUUUGAGGUCUGCUCCGCGACAGCUGCAGGUGGAAAACUAUCGUGGAACUAGUUCGGAGCGCAGACUAAUUGAUGUGCGUUUCGUGAAUGAACCAGAUGAACAACGUUUUUACAAUGAACGCAAUCAAAGUUAUCCCGAGGAUAAUUUUCGUCAACGGCCCGUUCUGGAUGAACCUUUCCAAAGGUGUGUACGGAAUGAGGAGCGACGUCAGCAAUAUGCAGACGAUUUUGGGCCAGGACCCAAUUUUGUGGGAAAUAACUUGAAUGAGGGAAAUGAAUAUGCUUUAAAUAUAAAUCGUUAUAAUUCUGAUGGAAAUUUGCCAGACGAACGUUGCAACUUUGAUCCCGAUUUCCAGGACAGGAACUUGAACAUGGGACCCGAUUUCCAGCCAGGUCCAAUGUACAACAACAGAAAUCAACCCAACUGGAAUAACAGCAAUAAUAAUAAUCCAAUGAAUCAAACCAAUUGGAAUGUCAAUAAUCCCACGAACCAACCCAACUGGAACAAUAAUAAUAACAAUCCCGAAAGCUUUGGCUUUGCAGGAGACAAUCCGGACAUGAUGCAGCCCAACAUGAUUUGGCCAGCUCAAAUGAGAAACAACUCGCAGAAGCCGCAGCUGCCCAUGAAUCCACCAAGGAGCAAGGAUAAUAGACCAAGUCAGGCGCAGGCUGCCCAAAGAUUAAUGCAACAAAAGCCAUCGCCGAUUCGAACUGGCAAUAUUGUCACAAAGAAACCCCUGAUUGCCAAUUUACCUGGCAACAGGCAAACGGGCGGCAAUCCAACCAAAGUAAAUAAACCAAAUCCAGGCAGUGCUGUGGCCAAAAAGCCCUUACUGCCAGCUCCGGCUGGCAAGAAAAAUGUUCGCAACAAUUUGGUAAAAAUUAAUACGAUUACAAACCAAAAUCCAAACAGGCCGAGCACAUCGCAAGCCGCCAGCAAUCUGAUAAAUCUAUCAACAGCAGCUUCCCGAAAUGCCAACAAGCGUGCAGCAGAUGGGACUUGUUCAGGAUUUUGGACCAAGGCCGAGCUUAAGAGACGCAAGCUGGCCGAGAAGCGUGGAUUUUUGAUUGGCGGCAUCAAGCUGCCGUAUAUAAACAACAGUGCCAGGGAGUUGCCACAGCCGGAGGAUAAGUCCUAUGCGAUCACAUUUUUCGAACAAGAACCCAUCUACAAUACGGCCAUUCAUGUGACGGACAAUGAUGAGGGCGACAUGGCCAACAUUGAGUCGGACGAGAAUUCGGAUGAUGAUGAUGCGCCGCCAACGGUUGCCAACCACCGGUUGGUUCUCAAGCCGGGCACCAGGAAGCGCAAUGCUAUACGCAAACGGAUCAGUGCCGCCUGGACGAAGACGUAUCGGGCGAAUAAUUAUAAAUGCUGGCUCACCUGGUGGCAGGCGUACAAAUGGUGCGAAACGGAGCUGAACAAGCAGCUGGAAAGGUUCGGUUCGCUCAAUAUCCGGCAGGCAUUUCUGCCCAACUAUCCGAAGAAGACCACGGAGCAGGUGAUUAACAUGGUCAUGAAAUCGGCUCAUUUUGCGCUCGAGGAGAACACAAGCUCACAUUUUCGUAACCACAAAACUCUAUACAAGCUCAUGAAUGAGACGUUUCUUGAGAAUCUCACGUUGCCCGUUGUCGAGCAGCUGCAGGAAAUGAUACGCGGCUGCCCGAAUCAUUUGUGGGUAUACAAAAUGCGUAGCAUGGUUUAUCUGUGGGCGGAAUACUAUAAAAUCUUUAAGGCCAAUCCCAGAAAUGGGGCCCAAUUUGGGGCCAUUCAGUCCAAAUGGAAGAGUCCCGUCUUCCACUGGAUGUGCAAACAGGCAUUCGAUGAGCUAAAGGCAAUCAGUGCAAUCGAGUGGCCUGAUCACGCUAAGGAGUAUGCGCGUCUGAAAUCUGAAAAAGAACUAUAAAACUUCAGAUAUUUGAAUUUUAGUGACUUUGAAUUUAAAUGAAAACGUAUUGAAAUCAAUGAUGAAUUAAAAUAAUGUACGCUAACAAGCUUCUUUUGUACUUAACCGCAGGAUAAAUUUUGCAAUUGAGUUGGCCAGGGCUGCAAGCCUAAAGUUAUUUGAAUUUUUUGCCACUUUAAACUUAAUUGAUACAAAUAAUAUUGUUCUCUUAACAAGCAGUAACAAGUUGACUUUGUACUUAAUCACAGGAUAAACUUUACAAUCAAGUUGUCUAGGGCUGCAAACACAAAACUGCAACUGGUUCGGUUCACGGUUCAAACUAACUCGCGGUCUAGUUUCGGUUCGUGAACCUGAUUUUCUACGUCCAUGAAUACGGACUUUGGUUUGAUUAUACUUAAUUUUAAGAAAAGGAAAAGGUUAUUUUAAGUUUUAACAAUC